AUGCCUCCAAAGAAGUCAAUAUCCCUAGAAAUACGCCUAACGCUAAAACGUGGUAAACAAGUGCUAAUUAUCCUUGUCCCAUCUACUGCAACGGUUCUAGAUCUCAAGUUAGAAAUCCAGGAAAUGGUAAAUGCCACUGGGGGACUCAAACCAAUAGACGAUAUCGACGAGCCAAAAUAUGACAAUGAUGAUGAAGAAGAAGGUUAUGAUGAUGGGAUAGAUAUCCCAAUUCCCUCUAUUGACCAAGCCAGCGAUGAUGAUGGAGAUUACCAAGCGGUUUCCAGUACCAACUUUCGCCAAAAUAAUAUCAAAAAGGAUGAUGAUGAGGAAAUAUCACCAAUGUCGCGAUACCUUCAGAUAGACUCGCCGUCGAGCCUCAAGAUUGGUAGGCCGGUAGAUAAGCUUCAUCCUGUAGGAACGAAUUUCUCAGAAUUGCAAGCUUUUGCCGGUGAGAAGUCUGUGGAUACCCUUUCACUCCAUGGUGAUUUAUCACUUGGAGAUGGCGACGUGCUUGCAUUUGCAACUAUGGAUGAGGACUUUUUAGUGGUGGAACCAGUGGAAGCAGAGGAUGAAUGA